AGAAAUUAUAUAUAGUCUCUCUCACAUGACUCAAGAAAAAUAAUUGAAGUAUUGAGAGAGAUAAAGAUCAUAUAGAAUCUAGGCGUAUAUUUAUAACUUAAGAUUGAAAUCUAAACACAAUCUGAUCCAGCUAUGCAAUUAUUCCUAAGUUUUGUGCUAAUAGCUUAAAAAAGAGCAUAGGAGAUCUCAUUUCAAAGCAAGGUUUUAAGGGAUUUGCAAAGGAAAAGCCAUCAUAUACCUUUAUAUAUAUAUCUCUACCUUGAUAUAUAGAAGGAAUUAGAAUAUGGAUGGUAGUAAUUAUUUUGGAGAUUCAAACAUGGGAAAUGAAAGAGUAAGUGGAUCUUCAUCAAGAAAAGGGAAGAAAAACCAUCAAGAUAAACCAAAGCAACCACAAAGAGGAUUAGGUGUUGCUCAAUUGGAAAAAAUUAGAUUACAUGGUGAAAUGGGUUAUGGUUUUCAUCCUCCUCUACACAAUCCUCAUCCAUCUAAUUUUAUCAAUGAAGAUCCAAGAAUACAAACACCAUAUUCAUCAAUACCAUCAUCAUCUUUUUCUUACUCAUCUUCAUCUACAUCAUACUCAGCUUCACAUGGCUUUCAACCAAACAUUAUGAUGGGUCUACCACAAUAUGAUAGAACAAACAUUAGAUUUGGAGAUUCUCAGCCAGUAUUUGAUUCAUCAAGAUUAUGGGAGCAUGCCAAUGCAACUUCUCAAUCUACCACAACUAAACCAUUACUUAACCUAUAUGACUCACAAUACAUAGAUACCAAGAAGCAUAGAAGUGGUUCUACAAGCAGUCAGAACUCAGAAUCAAGUGAUCACAAUCAAGAACCAGAUUUGGAGCUAAGAUUAUCUCUUUGAUCUUCCAUUAUAGAAAGAGUGGUGAUUCUAGUAAUUGUAAUGGUUUUAUAUACAAUUAUUUAAGAAUUGCGAAAAAAGCACAGUGAACAAGUCAGUGUGUUUAUUUUUAAUUGAAGUUUCAUUGUGUAUUGAAAAAUAUAUAGAUUGAUUGCAUGAAAAACAAUGCAAAAAUUUACGUUAGUUAGUGUGCAGAAUCAUGACCAAAUCAUGAAUUUAUCUUCUUUAAUGUGCUAAAGAUGUAAGGGUUCAUUUCAGAAUUGAGAAUGCUUCAUCUUCUUUAACUACUUGAGCCAAUAUUAAA